AUGAGUACAGAAAACUUUCGUUUUUACAUCAAAACCCGUACUGCACUUAAUAUUCAAGCAAGAAUUAUUCAUGAUGAAUUGUAUUCUGUUUAUGGUGAUCAAGCUCCUUCUCUUAGAACAGUGGAAAGAUGGUCCAAGUUAUUUCAUGAUGGUCGAGAAGAACUUGAAGAUACAGCACGACCUGGUAGACCUAUCACUGAAACAACAUCUGAAAACAUCGAACAGAUUCGUCAGCUUAUCGAUAAUGAUCCUUAUCUUACAAUAGAAGAGUUACAAGAGCAAACUGAUUUAAGUUACGGUACGAUUCAUCGAAUCAUCACCAAUCAUUUAAACCUUAG